AUAAAAUCCCAAAUUUUAGAAGGGGUUUAUCCAGGGUUUUCUUUCUAUUUUUCCAUAUAUUGACCACUCUUUAACUACUCAGUACUCACUUCUCAUUCUUUAAUCUCACUCUCUCUCUCUCUCAAGGAUGAGCUUAGUCUCCGUUCAUCACAGCCAUCAGCCAUGACUCUACCACCUCAACCUCAACUCCAACACCUCCGCCUCUCCACCUGCCACCGCCACCCGUCCAGACCCAUUACCGGUUUCUGCGCCUCCUGCCUCCGUGAACGCCUAGCAGGCAUUGACCCUGAUGCCCAUCAGGAAACCCCCAUCACCUACAUUGCGGCUGAGCUCCGCCGCAGCAAAUCGUUUUCCAGCAGCUCAAACCCCAAUGCCUCCUCCAGUUCUACUAGUACUACCACCACCUCCGAGCCCCGGCGGAAAUCCUGCGAGGUAAGGGCUCGAAACUCUCUUUCCGAUCUCUUCCACCUUGAUGAUAAGAGGAAAUAUAGCUUGAAUAGGAAGCCAAAAGGUUUAGAUUUGGGACUUGAAUUGAAAGAAGAGGAGGAAAAUGUGGCUGAAAUUAGGGUUUCAGAGGAAGUAAAUGCACCAAAUGUGAAUGCUGCCCCUGUAAGUAUCAUAGAUGAUUUUGAAGAGGACGGAGAAUGGAAGACAAUGAAGGAAUUUAUAGAUCUUGAAUCGGUGAGAAAGAAAAAUGCAGGUAGAGAUUUAAAGGACAUUGCAGGGAGUUUUUGGGAGGCUGCUUCAGUGUUUAGGAAGAAAUUAGUUAAAUGGCAGCUAAAACAAAAGAAAGAUAAGAAGGAAAAGAAACAUGUUAUUGUUGGAGGGGGAGAUGGGGAUUUAGUAGUUGAAAUUGAGAAGCCGAGUUCCAGAAGAUUAAGGGAGACCCAGUCGGAGAUUGGGGAGUAUGGGUUGGGGAGGAGAUCUUGUGAUACUGACCCUAGAUUAUCAGUUGAUGUGGCUCGGUUGUCUGUUGAUGGUGCACGGUAUUCUUUUGAUGAGCCCAGGGCUUCCUGGGAUGGUUAUUUGAUUGGCAAAACAUGCCCACGGCUUGCUCCAUUGGUUUCUGUUGUAGAGGGUUCCAAGUUACCUGGUAAAGGGAUUGAGAAUCCGAAAGAGAAUGUAGACUUAAAGAAUCAAGGGGAGACUAGCCCUGGGGGCACUGCUCAGACUAGGGAUUAUUACUCUGAUAGGAGGAGGAGGAGAAGUUUUGAUCGCCUUGGUUCAAAUAGGAGGGUAACAUUAGGUGAAGAUGAGUUCAAAUCAAUAUCGAAUGCUAAGGUAUCUCCCGAAGCAGUUGGGUUAUUCCAUGGUGCAAAGUUGUUAGUCACAGAGAAAGAACUGAGGGAUUCGAAUUGGUAUUCUCUUAAAGAUUAUCAUGCAGGGAAUACUGAUGCUCUUUCUAAGGAUGUGGAUUCUGUUGCUAGUGAGAUUAGCAAAAAGGGUUUCAAAUUCAAGAAGCUGCAGACGUGGCGUAGCAUGUUGAAUAUUUGGGGUUUGAUGCAGAGGAGAAGUGAGGGCAAAUGUGGGGAUGAGGGAAGCAGUGUUGGUGGAAGUGCAGUUGAUGGGCCGGUAGCAGAGUCUUGGCAUAAAUUGGGAGGGGUGUCCAAUGAGGGUACAAAUGGGACUGUCAGCCAGAAGCUUAUAAGGAGUUAUACUGUUAGCGCUAGGGAUUCCAGCAAAUUGGCAUGUAAUGUGAGUAGUUUUGAGACCAGGGAAGAUGGUAUGAAGAGAAGAGAAGAUCUUGUGCUGCAGCGCAACGGGAGUGUGAGAUAUUCUCCAAACAACAUUGAAAAUGGCUUGUUAAGGUUCUACUUGACUCCACUGAGGAGUUACGGAAGAAGCAAAUCUGGAAAGAGUAGGCUACAGAACUCACACUCUAUGGCAACGAAUGUUUUGUAAAGGCGCAUUAAUUGUUCUUCAAUGGAAUGUGAUGUUGUAAAGACAUGGCUUAAUGUGUUUCUCCUGGUUCUAUAGAUAAAAAAACACGUCAUAUUUAUCACCUGUUUUCUCUGCUUAAUACCUGUUUCCAAUAAUGCAGCAAUGAUAAUUUGGAAGUAUUUGUUUUUGCUCAA